AUGCUUAUACUCGACUGGUCAUAUGUAUUUGAUAAAGAACAACAAAUUGAUUUAUAUAUGUGGAUUGAUAGUAUACCGUUGACUAAAUUAAAAACAAAAAUUGAAAAAGAUUUUUCUGAUGGAGAAAAAAUGUCUUGGGAUAUUGAAUUAGAUGAUCAAUUAUUACAAGAUCUUUAUGCAUGGAUUGAUCAAAUACCAUUAAGUCGACCAAAAAAACGUAUUGAAAAAGAUUUUGCUGAUGGUGUUAUGGUAGCUGAAUUAAUCAAAUAUUAUUUUCCUAGUUGGGUGGAUUUACAUAAUUAUGCAACAGCCAAUAAUACACAACAAAAAUUAAUUAAUUGGGGACUUUUAAAUAGAAAAAUCUUCUGUCGAUUUGGUCUUAAUGUAUCUGAAGAUAUAAUGCGUGGUAUAUGUCUUGGUCGAGCUGGACUUAUUGAAAUAUUUCUUUACAAUUUACGAACAAAAAUAGAUGAUUAUCUUUAUGGAAUGGAAACAAAUCCUACUGAUCCUCAAGAUCGUGUUCUUCAUCAAAAAUCUAAAACAAAUCAAUCGAAUAAAAUAACACCUCGACAACGUCAACUAUAUUCACCACCACCUCAACAAAAUUCAGUAUCAAAAUCUCGAAUACAAGGUGGAAAUAUUAAAAAAAAAUCUGAAUCAAUGCAUAAUUUAAAUCGAGAUAUGGUUAGUCGUAUUGAAUAUGAUGAAAAAGAACAAGAAUGUCUUGCAAAAGAAGAACAAAUUCAAAUUUUACAAGCAAAAAUUCGUCGACUUGAACAUUUACUUCAUUUAAAAGAUAUUCGAGUUGAUCAUCUAUCAGAAAAAAUUGAUCGAACACGAGUUUUACCAGGUGCUAAUGGUGGAGUAUCAACUCGUCCUCAACGAACACAUAUGCCUUUUAAUGGACCUAAAUAA